AUGGGAGCAAAGAGACUGAGAAGAGACCUUCAAGCUCUUCUUGCUGAUUACAUUGGGCAAAGAAUUAGAGAGAAGUCGUUUGAUCCAAAAGGAAAGGAUACUUCCACAAUACUGGAUGAUUUGGCCCAUUAUGAUCUUGCGAUUAGUGUUGCUCUUUGGUGGCUGAAUAAAGAAGAGGCACGGGCGGUGUUUGACCAAGACCUCUUUGGAGCCGCCAGAAGUGCCCAGUAUCCAAAUCUGUUGGAACGAGAAGCUAUGAUUCUAUCUUCUUUUGCUGGAAUGAUUGUGAAUAAGCUGCCUGUUGAGGAAAUACUGGCUCUGUACAAAUGUAAACCAGCGGCUUGUUAUUCCACUGAACAUUCAAAGGCAGCAAUCGUUUACCCGUUCACUUUAUCAUACCAUCCCUUCGCCAUGCUCUCGUCUUACAAGGCAGUCCACCAUUCCAAGAAGCACAAUGAGAAGUUGAAACGAUGGCUGUCUGAAAAGGCCAAAGCUAAUGCACCUCCCUCACGGGCAUCAUCUUCCUCCUCUUCUCAGUCUUUCCUGAGUGACACAACAGGGCUGGGGUGUUGUGGGUUUGAGUUCACCACUUUGUGCAGAUUACUGGUUCAGCACGGCUUCAUAAUGAGUAGCAAGAUCAUCUUUUAUGAGGACAGGAACUUCCAGGGUCGCUCCUAUGAGUGUGACACGGACUGCUCAGACAUGCACCCACACUUCAGCCGCUGUAACUCCAUAAAGGUGGAGAGUGGGUGCUGGGUGCUGUAUGAGAAGCCCAACUACAGCGGGUACCAGUACGUCCUGACCAGAGGGGAGUAUCCAGACUACCAGCGCUGGAUGGGCUACAAUGAUACUAUUCGCUCCUGUCGCACAGUGUCAUAUACGAGUGAGGGGCCCUACCGUCUCCGCAUCUACGAGAGACCCAACUUCCAGGGUCAGAUGGUGGAGUUCAGUGAAGACUGCGACUCGGUUCAAGAACAUUUCCGCAGCCGUGAGAUCUACUCCUCUCAUGUGAUGGACGGAUACUGGACCCUGUACGAGCACAGCGACUACAGAGGCCGCCAGUACUUCCUGAGGCCAGGGGAGUACCGCAAGUUCACCGACUGGGGGGCCACCUGCGCCGCCACUGGCUCCUUCCGCAGAAUUACAGAAUUUUAA